AUGUCGUUAUUAAAAAAUUCCAAUUUGACGCCAUUUGUAAAAAAAAGUUGGCGAAAUUUUAGGACUCAAACCACGUUGCAUAAUUUUAUCAAGCCGGAAACCAUUUCAGCUGACUAUUGGAAAAAAUUAUUAUCAACGGCAUUCCAUUUGAAAGAAGUCGUACGUAAAAAUAAUAAAAACUGUUUAAAUUUAUUGAAAAAUAAACAUGUAACGUUAUUGUUCGAACAUCCUCAUGGAAGAUUUCAAGUUGCUUUUUCACUGGCUUGUUCAAUAUUGGGUGCUAGAAAAACAUUAUAUUUAGAAAGAGAUUUUGAAAGUCAACCAAAUCCAGCAGAUUGUGGAAGGUAUGUAUUAUUAUCAGAGUUGUCAGACAUGCUCGUAGUACACGGUAUACCUCAAUGGUCAUUAUUAAAACUUGGUGAAUUCACAACGAUUCCAAUAUUUCCAGCCAGUUGUAACAUAUACAGUCUUCAAAAAGUAUUAAGCGAUUUUAUGACGUUUCAAGAAAUUUUUAAUAAACUCGAGGGAUUAACGAUAGCAUAUGUUGGUCCACCCACGCCAGUAUUUAAUUCUUAUUUACUUUUAUGCCCACUUUUUGGAAUAAAAAUUCAGUAUCUUUGUAUUUGCGUUUAUGGUUCUGGACUAAUGUCACCCGUUAAAAAAUCACUAAAGAAAAAUUUAAAAUCAAAAUUUAUACAAGAACGUAAUUCCGUUAGGGAAACUGUUAAAAAUUCUAACGUAAUUGUUACCACAUUACAUCCGGAAAGAGCAACUCAAAUUACAUUGGAUAUAUUAAAAGAAGCAUCAUCGAAUUGGAUAUUUUUACAUUCUUUACCGAGAAGCGAAUCAGAAGUACACGAUGAUGUUUUCCAUCAUAAAAAUAACAUGUCGUGGACUUCAUCAGAAAAUCAUUUAUACAUAGCUAUGUUAAAACGAAAAAAAAAAAAAAAAGGUCGAGAACCGAAUUAUUUUAUUGCAAAAUCGAUAACUGAACCAAAAGUUUUAACUUGGUUUUAA